CCGACACAGAAGGAUGGGUACGAAAAGAAGGCACAGCAGCUCAAUCAAAAGGGCUUGGACCAGGAAGAGCAGGAGGUGAGGGCAAAGCAGAACCAGGUCAAGAGACCAUGGCUCCGUGAAGACGCAGAUAAGCCUCCGGCUGAACAGCCUCAAAAAAAGAGCACAGACACAAAAGGCAAACUCCUGACAACACCGACAAGACUCCUCAAGCUUAUUCUCCCCCUUCCCAUCCGCGUCGAGAAAGACAAGGACAACAACGACUCCCACGACUACGCCCGCGCCAUCUCCCCUAACGACUCCAUCCAACCUCUCGCCCUGCUCGUUCACCCCCAACAGCCGCUCUCCUACGUUGAGCGCCUUGUCCAGGCCGAGCUCCCACCUGUCGUCGAGAAUGGCAAGGAGAAGGUUCCCAACAUAUACUUCCGCGCUGAGGACUCUGCGGCAUCAGGCAAUAGCCCCACCAGCCGCGACGAGGCGCGUGCGAAGAAUGCCUCUGACAAGAAGCAGGAGCAACCACAGCAGCAGCAGAAGGGCUCAUCUUCUGGAGACGAUGAAGGCGGCAAUCCUCAUGUCGCCGCCUACUCAGGCCUCGGGCAUGAGGCCGAGGGACAAGAUGCCACGCCGGAGUCAGAUAAGAAGUGGGUCCGCUGGAGCAGCUCCACCGAGAUGGGCGACUUCAUCCGGGACGCGGCACGGGGCAGGGAGUUUGCCAUCGAGGUGGAGGGCUACAAUCUCGAGAUGCGCGUGAGCGUGCCCUCGUUCAAGGACCGGACCUACUACAUGCGCAUGCGGCUGCGACGGAUGAGCAGGCAGAUUGAACACCUCGCCAAGAUCAAGAAGGAGUGUGACGAGCUGGCGUACAAGUCGGCGCACCGCCUCGCCCAGGGCGGGUUCGCCGCGCUCGCGACCUGGUGGGGCGUGGUGUACUAUGUCACCUUCCAGACGGAGUGGGGAUGGGACCUGGUCGAGCCGGUGACGUACCUUGUUGGCCUUACGACAAUCAUGGGGGGUUAUCUUUGGUUCCUCUACAUCAGCCGGGACCUUAGCUAUAAGGCUGCGAUGAACGUCACGGUCAGCAGGAGACAGAAUGCGCUGUAUGAGACCAAGGGUUUCGACAUGCACAGGUGGGAGCAGCUGGUCCAGGAGGCCAACGCGAUGCGGCGGGAGAUCAAGACGGUGGCUGCCGAGUACGACGUGGACUGGGAUGAAAUGAGAGAUUUGUCUUACUCCAAGCAGGUCAAGAAGGUCCUCGAGAAGGAGCGGAACAAGAGGGGCCAGAGGGAUGACGACGAGGAAGAAGAAGAUGAAGAUGAUGAGGCCGAGGUGGUGGAAGAGGAGAAG